AUGACGUGCUACGAAACGUUGAGAGCUUCGGCACCCGCGGCGGACGCCCCCAUGGCGCACCACUUCGUCAAGUGGUGGCGCAACAAGUUUAGGAGUGGAUAUAAGAAAUUUAGCAUUGGUACUGAGAGCGAGCGAACAGAUACUGAAGAAUUAGUUGGACGAGCGGCUUCCCAAUGCUCAGCUCCACCAGAUUUGCUUCCAAGUGAAGCUAGAGCACUACUUCAGCCUUCCACCCCACCACCAAUUCCUCAGCGAACAUCUGAACCUUGCGCUAAAAAGUCAUCUACGCCGGCACAAACUCCAGACUACAACGAUAACAAACCUAGAUUACGUUUUGAGGAGUUGACGUGUGACGUAGAGCUUCAGCAUCCCGAAUCUUCCAAACAACAACCUUUACAGUUUUCGUUUACUCUAUACGACCUUGAUGGACAUGGUCGAAUGACUAAAGACGAUAUAGCUGGAAUAGUGUCAACAAUCUAUGAAUCUAUAGGAAAGUCGGUCACAGUUCCGCAUUAUGGUUCUAAAACCAUUCAAGUACGAUUAACUGUUGUACCUGAAAAUGGCCAGACGCGUAGUCAAAGGGAAAAAGCUAGAAGGAGACGGAGAAAGGAACAAGAAGCGUUAAAUUCUGCCACGGCUCACGCUGAUAAUAGCGAUAAGGAACAAAAUGAAAGAUUAUCUCACGACGAUGAUGUGUCAUCGAAAUCAUCAUGUUCAGGAGAUCGGAAGCCUCCCCCACAGAGGCCGCCACCAAUUUUACGCCAGAGGCAUCGUCAUACACGAAAGGAACACCGGGAACGUAAAUACACUAAAAAGAGAUCCGGUAGUCUACAAAGACGUGAAUUACUCGAGAUCAUUCAGGCUAAUAUGGAGAAAAAUCACCUGAGCUUUCAAGCUUCAAGAAAGCCCAGCAGUCCUGUGGCCAACGAAGAAGUGUCAAGUAAAUAUCAUAGGAUUCGAAAUAGGUCACAUACAGUAAACGAGAAGCCCAAUUUAUACCAUAAAGUAAAAACAGAGAAUUCAGCAAAUGGUUAUUUGGAUCUUGCUAGUGGAGGUGAUUCUAACUUAUGCCGAUAUGAUAGGUAUCUCCAUGCUGUUAUAUGCUCCUCUGCAAAACAUGCACACACUGGCUACCAUCAGAAACAGAAUGGAACUCCACGCUAUGGUCGCGCAUCACAUCCACCUAACCCUAGAUCACGAUCGCAUGAACUUGCAUCGCCAUCGCAGAAGCCAAGAGUUCUUCAGAUAAUAUUUUUAUAG